AUGAGACUCUUUUCAGCCCUCAUAACCUUGGUCAUAAUUGGUCUUGCACAAGCCUGGUCUAUCAACUUCUUUGCCCAAAAAGGCGACAAAAUGAAACGCGUUCAUGCCAAUGGAACCAAGCGAGGCAACUGCAUCAACCUUCGCUCGGAUUACGACUGGGUUACAACUUCCAUCACCUUUUAUCCUCAGACGCCUGCAUGGCCAGACCCAAACGGAUACACAGCGUACAGCAAGGCCAACUGCAAGGGCACGGCAUACUAUGGAGUAGAGGGACAGCAGAAUCCAAAGAGGAGGUUCAGGAGUUAUAGGGUGAAAUAA